GACAACUCCCCAGCCCAGCAAGCGGGCCUGGAGCCCUACUUUGACUUCAUCAUCACCAUCGGGCACUCAAGGCUGCCCCCUGCCCCCAUAGAACAAGGAGACUGACACGCUGAGGGAUCUGCUGAAGGCCAAUGUGGAGAAGCCGGUGAAGCUGCAGGUGUUCAACAUGAAGACCAUGCGGGUGCGCGAGGUGGAGGUGGUGCCCAGCAACAUGUGGGGCGGCCCAGGCCUGCUGGGCGCCAGUGUGCGCUUCUGCAGCUUCCACAGGGCCAGCGAGCACGUGUGGCACGUGCUGGAUGUGGAACCCUCUUCGCCUGCCUCCCUUGCUGGCCUGUGCCCCUACACAGACUAUGUGAUUGGCUCAGACCAGCUCCUCCAGGAGUCUGAGGACUUCUUCACGCUCAUCGAGUCCCACGAGGGGAAGCCCUUGAAGCUGAUGGUUUAUAACUCCGAGUCCGACUCCUGCCGGGAGGUGUCUGUAACUCCCAACGCAGCCUGGGGUGGAGAGGGCAGUCUGGGGUGUGGUAUCGGCUACGGGUAUCUGCAUCGGAUCCCAAUCCAGCCCCCCAGCUACCACAAGAAGUCACCUGGUGCCCUGCCACCUGGUACCCCAUCACCUGGUGCCCCGCCAUCUGGUAACCCUCCAUCUGGUGCCCUACCACCUGGUACCCCACCACCUGGUGCUCCGCCAUCUGGUACCUCACCACCUGGUGCCUUGCCACCUGGUACUCUGCCAUCUGGUACCCCACCACCUGGUGCCCUGCCUCCUGGAACCACCCCCCUGGACUCUCCUGCCCCUCCUGGCCCAGAGAUGGGUUCCAGGCAGGGUGACUACUUGGAGGCCCUGCUGCAGGCACCCGGCUCCUCCCUAGAGGGACUGCUUCCUGAGCCCGGGCCUCUCAGCUAUGGUGUGCGUGACCUUGGGGAACUGCCACGGCCCAUGGAGACUCCUCUUCAGCCUCCGCCUCCAGUGCAGCGAGUCAUGGACCCAGGCUUCCUGGACGUGUCGGGCAUCUCCCUCUUGGACAGCAGUGCCAGCGUCUGCCCCAGCCUGCCCUCCUUCCCAGAGCUGACCUCCACCGCCGUGCCAGCCGCAGGGCUGGAGGACGUCGGCUCCAGCAGUGGCUCUCACGAGCGUGGCGGGGAGGCCACGUGGUCUGGAUCAGAGUUUGAGGUCUCCUUCCCGGACAGCCCCGGUGCCCAGGCCCAGCAGGACCACCUGCCGCAGCUGACCCUUCCCGACAGCCUCACCUCUGCAGCCUCGCCAGAGGACGGGCUGUCUGCUGAGCUGCUCGAAGCUCAGGCCGAGGAGGAGCCGGCAAGCACAGCAAGUCCAGGUCUCAGGGCGGAAGCCGAGGCAGCCAGCCAGGCCCAGCUCGCUACCCCCGAACAACACCCUGGGCAACGGCAAGGCCCCUGAUGGCAUUUCCUGAGGUCCAGGUGUGGGGAGGUGGCUCAGGCCACACUGUGGGCCCAGCCCCUCGCCUGAUCCCAGCCCAGUAUGUCCAGCUUCCUGGGCUGUGGCUCCGAGUGAUGUGUGGGGACUUCUGCAGGUGGGGGGCUCGUGUCCACUCACCCUACUGGUUUCUAAGAAAUGACCUGCCAGCAUCUGCGGGAUGGUCCUGGCUUUGGGGAAUUGAGCCCUUGUUUGAGAAUCUUAAGCACAUCUUUGGGGUGGUAGGGAGCUGGGAGCAGCACCCCGGCGGGAGCUGGGGGAGGAGAGGAAGGCUUCUUUGCUGCUCAUGUGUGGCGCAUGGAGCCUUGGUGGUGGGGAGAGGCGGCGUGGGCCUUGGGGAAGGGCAUCUUGGCCGUGUACGCUGAGGCCCAGUGCUUGCUCCUGCGUGGUCACUGGCUGCCCAGGAAGCAGCAGGGCCCAGACGUGGUCAGGUGUGGCCGUGGGGUAAGGGAGGAAGGGGUUGGUAUGGUGUUUGCCUAACCGCUUUGCAGAGCUUGCCUUGAUUCUUCCUGCACAGCUGAGCCCGUGCUAUCUACUGGAAGGCACCCCAACCCUGGGGACCCUUGAAGCCCCAAUUACUGUCUCUUCUGUCACGUGCUCCCAUCCCUGUGCCACACUGCACAGCCGGCUCAGGUUGACUGACAUCUGCCAGUCACAGCUGGAGAAGAGAGGCAGUGAACUUGCCCACCUCUCAUGGGAGAGGAGGGUUGGAAAUUCUAGAACCUUCAGCAGAUACUCACCUGUGCUUAGACCACGAUGUUUCUUCUUCCCUCGGGCUGACACCCCACAGAUCUAGUAUCUCCAGUGUAUCCCCUGUCAGCUCCCAAACUUACACAACAAUCUCUUCUACAUACACAAGGCACCCGGCCAGCCCCAGUGGUGAAUAAGUUAUAAAUUUAAAUUCACUCUCUCCAAGCCAGUCCUGACCAGAUCUCUUUACACACAGCUCCCACCACAAGGGGAAACGAGAGGCCAGGGCCAGAGUGGGUGAGGGCCCUUCUGUCCUUUCCCAGUGUGUGUGUGUGCUGUUCCUCCUACCACCAGGUGCCUUGGGAGGCUAAGGCAGGCAUGGGUCUUGUGCUCUGUCCUGCAGGAAGAGGAGGGCUCCCCCAGGGACGGGGUCCUCACCUGCCCCGGCUAGAGUCCCUUGCCUUCCCACACUCCGUGCUCGUUACCAUGAAGGCUGCCUCUGGCCUUGUCCUCUAGUCUCUGUCCACAUUGAGUCCCCGCUGCUGCUUGAUUUGUAACGUUCGCAUGUACGAGGAAAUUCAGAGCUCUUAGGCCCGUAGCACAAGGAUGAUCAGCCGAAGGUGGCACAGGCCAAGUGUAUGGAGGGAGGCCCCCAAUUAGUGAACACCGAGUUUCUAGCACUCUGACCGCACGGACAGCGAGCCCUGUCCAGCCCACCAGCGCAGCCACACUGCAGAGCAGGAGGCCUGGGUGCAAGGCCAGCGCCGGGGCCUGCUCCGGGGCUGCCUGGGAGCCCAGCUCCGCCUGCAGAACUGCAGGAAGAACAAGCCCAGGGACUGCUCCGAGGGCAGGUCCCUGCGCUGCAGCCUGGCCCCCUGGCCCCGGCACCCUCACCCAAGGGUUCUGGUCUUCCUUGCUUCACACAUGCCUCUUCCCAAGUUGCAGGAUAAAGCGGAUACCAAUGCUAAUUAUUUCCAGGGUAAACAGGAAAACCAGAGGUUUCUCAAUUUCUCUAUCAUCUGCUCUGAAGGAAAAUGACAAGUGAAAAAAUAAACGUGUACUAUGCUUUGAA